GGGGCCAUGCUUCCGGUGGAUUGGAUUAUCGUCCCCUCCUGCGGGGUAGGACUCGUCGCAGCUCUAUUCCAGUUCCUGAUCAUCAAGAAGAUCAAGCUGCAGCCGGAUGAUGACUCUGAGGCUUCCACGGACCUGAAGAAGCGCCUCAUGGCUGGCGGCGAGAACGCCCCGGAGAAGCUUGUUCCAGAGAUCUACGAGAAGAUCAUGAGCGGCGCCAAGCAGUUUUUGAGGGUGGAGUACGCCAUCUGCAUGGGCUUCUGUCUCAUCUUCUCCCUCGUGAUCUACGGCCUCGU